AUGUUCAAGAGCAUCUCAGAUCACCUUGGAUCCGUCCUCGUUUCCCUGCUAGCUAUCCAAGGGUUAUGCUCAGCACUUGCGGUCGAAACAAAGGAGACCUUGGACCAAAGCAGUGAGAGUGAGCACGGGGAGCUAGCUGUCCGGACAAGCGACCAGUAUACAGUCGUUCACAAAUGGCCCAGUGCAGGCGCUGCUGCGGUCAUUGGAGCGGGUGGUACACUCGGCCUUGUGAUUACUGGAGCUGUUGGCAACUACUUUAGUUGGCUUAGUAACCAGCCGGACGCGGACAAGAUUUGUGGCAAGUCACUGAUAACCUCCGUCACUAUAAAUGGAGUUGGGUAUAAAUAUUAUACGUAUUCAUACACAACAGGGAGCAAUUGCGACAGCACUCAGCGAGCAAAGACCAUCACCAACGCUCUCUCAGAUGCAUUCGAUGAAUUACAUUCUGAGCGUGCCUCUGCAGUGUGCCUUGAUUUUGAUCACCACGGCACAUGGCACGGAGUGAUUGGUCUCGCCACCGAUGCCUCAGGACAGGACCCAAAAAACGCUUGCUCCGACCAUCACAAAGGCGCAAAAAGAAGCAACCCUGGGUUUCCUGAGCUCGAGACAAGAAGCAUCGCGAAGAGAAAUGAGAUUGGACUUGUGAAAAGAACUGCAAUCUCCAUCUCCGAGAGUAACAAGAAGUCAGGAAGCACUAAGUUCAGUGAUCCCAACAAGUCCCAGGCAGUUAUCAUUGGAAUUGCGACCGAGAUCUAUCAGAAAAGUGCAGCCAAAAGCUGUGAUCACAUUACAGGCCGCCUGACGGACGCUAACGGAAAGGACUAUAACUAUUACUACUACGCCUCCGGGCGCAACUGUGAUACCACUGCUGAAAUCAAGACAAUCGUUUCUGCUCUUGACGACGCAUGGGAAGACCUGGGAAGCACCUCGGCGCUCUGCAUGACAAUGAGCCAUGGAGGAACAUGGCGAGGCCAUCUUGGUGUUUCUGCGAUGCAAGCCGAUUACCCUGCCCAAAAGUUGUGUUAG